AUGUUCGAAUUAGAUUUGUCAAACGAAAAACCAUUAUACUCUCAUGUAGUGUCCAUUCCGAGAUUUGCUCUAAUGCAGAACCAAUCGCAGCUAUCGACUUCGUCCACUGAAACUACAGAUAGUGACAAUGACCACUCCAACAAUGACCCGGAGAGUCCCAGCCAUAGUCACUUGGGAAAAGAGACAUUCCAAAUUGACCGCCGAAAACUUGAAAGAAUGAUUCAAGCUUCAAGCAGCAUCGAAGAGGGAUUAAAUGCCGCCGAACACUUUUUCAACAAUAUUAUGAAAACCACUGAUACCUUGAUUACGUGGCCUAAAAACUUAAGAAUUGGUGCAAGGACAAGGAAGGAUCCGUUUGUUAAUAUUAUAGGCAGACCAAACGACAUUACCUGGGCAAAGGGCCUUAUUCUAGCUAGUUUGGGCACAAGAGGUCCCCUAUUGAAAUUGAAGAUGUUCAUUGCUGAAAACGAUCAUCCUCAUGUUAUUGGUCGUUCUGGGAGCAAUGUCAAGAGCAUUAUGGAGCAAACGGACACUCAUAUUCAUUUUCCCGACUCAAACCGUCGAACUUUGACAGAGAAGAACAAUCAAGUGUUAAUUUACGGGACGGUUGAGAGUCUUGAACGAGCCAGAGCUUCCCUCCGUUCAUCAACUCCAUUGGUGAUGUCCUUUGAGUUGCCAUUUGGUAUUCCAUUGCCCAGGCACGACGUUCCGGACGUCAAUCAACUAGAAACAGAUUUCGGGGUUAACGUGAUUUUCAUGGCAACACCAAAUAGAAGUUCCUAUUUUGUCGUUGUCAAAGGUACACAAGAAAUCGCUAAUAAGCUAAAGGUAGCUGUAAAGAUUUUGGUCAGAGCAACUUGUGGCACUGGAGCACCAUAUACAUUGUCGAACAUAAAAUUGGAAAUUCCGAAACAGAUUUUCGAUUUAGCGAAUAUGGAGAACAGAAUCAACCUUUUAGACCUGCAAGAAAAAACACAAACGACAAUUUCAGUUCCAGAAUCCAGUGAAAGUGGGCAGAACAUCAGUGUAAUUGGUUCCGUCGAUAUGAUCUAUGAAGUUCAAAAGGAAAUAAUGUCACAUCUGCCAGUAGAGUUGACGUUUGAUAUUCCUGAAAAUCCCUACCACACAUCUGACAUUAUGAGUCUUGGCUUGAAAUAUGGAAUAUCGUUGAGCAUGCGACACAAAGAAAAGUCAAACAGUAUUGUCGUUACAAUGGGAGCAGCUGAGGGAAUAAUAUCUCACAUCUACGAAGCUCAUCAAGAAGUUGCUGGAAUGCAAAAUACUUCUCGAGAUGAAACUGAAUUCCCAAAAGCUUAUUUCCUAGUCGAACCAGCUUAUCGAAGGGCGUUGGAAAACAACAACAUGAACAAUGGAAGUCAUUACGAGGAAAUAACAAGGAAAAUUUGGGCUCCCAAAGAACCGAACACCGAGAGUAAUUUCUUAUAUGUUGAACCGUCUGGAGGAGAUCACGAAGGACAGGCAUUAUUUUGUAACUUUGAGGAGAGUGCUGAGGAACCAAGCCAACAUGAAGCUCAGCCAUUAGCUUUACUCUCGCCAGGCACAACAUGCAGUAAUGAUGAUUGUUCUCAAGGCAGAAGAAGUUCUGGAGAUUGGUCGGUAAUGAGACCAAUAGUUCAUAACGAUAAUCAACAUUUUGAGUGUGAUUUUGAUUCGGAAGAUAUGGAAGUUGCUUUCAUUUUCAUGUCAUCGACUAAAAAUCUUAACCCAGUCUUCCCCAAUGCACCAGGGGCUGAAAGACUUUGA